GUGCAAAUGGGGUUCAAGGGAUUUAUUGUGCCAAUCAUUCAGGUAAUCGCGAUAUCAACCUUGGGUGCGAUUAGACUAUCGCCCUCUCAAUGGGUAGAUACAUUUUUCUUAUCAAGUGUGAGCAACUGGCUUGUGCAAGAGGAUACCAAUAUGCAGAGGGGGUUGGCGGGAUGCUCUUCUAUGCACCCUAUAUACCUAUUGAUAAUAACCACCAUGAAAACUCUUGGUAGACCCGCGUGAGUCUACAAUUGUGGUUGAAGUACUAAGUGC